AUGUCUACGGACAAGCGUGUCCGCCCCGCUAGCGACUCGGAGAGCUCCGACUCCGAGUCGCCUGCGGAUAAGCAGCUACGCCUUGAGUCGGGGAGUGAGAGUGAUGAGGCGGCCCUUAUCCCGCUCCCCGACUCUUCUGAUGAGGAUUGGGUGGUGGUAGGACGGGUGCGUGACCGUAUCCACCGCUCCCACCCACCUCCGCCACCUUCGCCUCCCCGCUCCCGUUCACCACUUGGCACCUCUGCUACCCCAACCCUGCCCUGCGGCUCACACCCGACGCCGUUACCCCGUUCUACUGCUGCUGCCCCCACUGCUGCCACCUCAACUGCCUCCACCGCUGCUCCUUCAUCUGCCUCCGCCGCUCCCCAUUCCACCCUGCUCGGUGCCGUCUCGCACCCCGAGCAGGCUGCUGCCCGCUACGCUGCUGCAUCUCCUGCCACACCCAGGGUUGUCGUCCCUCCAACACCGGGGUUCGAGACUGCCCUCGACCUGGCGGAGGCCCUGGAGGAGGAGCUCGGGCUCCGCUUCCAGAUGCGCUUCCUGGAAAACGGCAGCGUGUUGGUCACCCCGCCUUCCGAGGAGGCCCUCCGUGCUCUCAUGGACACCACGUGGUACUAUACCGAGGAGGUGAGGGAGGCGAACCACCGAGUCAACCAGGCCCGUAAGCUUAACAGGAGAGUCAACACGGAGGCGACGCGAGGCUUGCUGCGCGCUGCUGUCCGUCGCGCCAGGGAAACCGCCGACCGGGUGCAGGAGGAGCACUGGCUGGCGUGGUGCGAGGGACUUGACGGCUGUACGUCCGCUGCAGUCCUCUGGCGGAAGCUGAGGGCCGUCGCGGGGGGUGCGGUUGCGCGCCCAGCAUUACACCCACAGCCCCAGGCCGAGGCGGAGCGGCUUGUUGCCACCUUCUCCUCCCGUGCUGCUUUCGCCCGGCUUCCGGCCCACACUCGCGACCUGCUGAGGGAGGCGAACCCCGGGAGAGUAGCCACCUUCACGGAGGCCUGCCUACAGGCGCAUGCCACUGACGCGCCUAUAGAGCUAUGGGAGCUGGAGCGGGCUAUCCCCAGGAAGGACACCGCCACCGGGGUCAACAGGAUCCCCUACUCUUUCCUGGCGAACGCUGGCCCGGACAUGCAGGCGGAGGUUCUGGCACUCUUCAACAGAUCCCUCGAGCUCGGAGCACUGCCAGCCUCCUGGAAGCUGGCCACCAUCGUUCCCAUCCCCAAGAGUGGAGACGGGCUCCAACAUCGCCCGAUCUCCCUCCUAAGCUGCCUCGGCAAGUGUAUGGAGAGAGUCCUGCUUCCGCGCCUUCAAUGGGCGAUGGGCCCCCUCCAUCACCAUCUCUUUGCCUUCCGCCGGGGCAGGGGCACCAGGGACUGCAUCUCCACCCUCCUCUCUGGUGUCCUGGAGAGACGGGCGGUAGUGGUAUUUAUUGACCUCGAGAAAGCUUUUGAGCUCGCCUCAGCCCCAGCCAUGCUCUCCAUUCUGGCUGAAAGGGGCGUCCGUGGCCGCCUGCUGGCGUGGGUUGGCCAUUACCUGGAGGGACGGAGAGCGGCCGUCCGAUUUCAGGGCCAUACGUCCGCGAUAGAGACUUUUGAGAACGGCACGCCUCAGGGUGGCGUCCUGAGCCCCGUGCUGUUCAAUCUGCUCGUCGAGAAGUUGACAUCCCUUCCGACGAGCGGAACCGCCAGAGUCCUAUCGUAUGCGGACGAUGUGGCCCUGGUGGUGUGGGGCCCCAACCAGGUGGCCUGCGCCCGCCAGCUCCUUCGCCGGCUGACUCAGACGUGCGCCGCCCUAGGGCUGGUCGUCAACUGGACUAAGACAAAGGCCAUGGCCUUCCGCCACGGCCACCUUCCUGAGCCUUCGACCUCGAGGAACAGCGGGUGGGGAUGGGGACAGGGCGUUCGGUCCUGUAUUGAUUACGGGACGCCCUGCCUGCUGACGGUGGGUCCGGCAGCGCUUCGGCCGCUAGAGACAGCUCAGAACGCCGCCCUCCGCGUCAUCGUUGGCGCCCCCAUGUGGACGAAAUGCGUGUGCCUCCGGGCGGAGGCACGCGUGUGCAGCGUCGCCGCGAGAGUCACCCAACUCUCAGUGGGGCAUCUGGCGGCGCUGCUCAGAUGCAUGGGGGCGGAGCAGCUCCGCGCCUCCGUCGGGCAGGCCCUCCUGCAGGACCCUCUCCUGUUCCGCAAGAGAACGUGGGCGACUGUGGCGGCGGCCACGAUUCGCAGUAGCGGACUCCCCCACGCCCUUGUGACGGCUGUGGACGCCCCCCACCCCACCUACGUUGCCCGCCCCCGGUGGGAGCCGCCUGCAUUAACAGCCACCAUACGGCCGCUCGCCAAAAGGAAGGCCCUCCUCACCCCUCAGGAGCUGGCCAGAGAGGCAGACAGCAGAGAGCGGGAAGCAGCGCACCCUGAAGCCUCCGUAUACUACACGGACGGCUCCGUCAACCACCAGACGGGGGCUGUCGGCGCUGCUUUUGUGUGCGGUGGGGUCACUGCUGUAUUUCGUCUGCCAGACGGUUGUUCCUCCACCCAGGCUGAGCUGGCAGCCAUUGGCGGGGCGCUGGAUCAUGCAGUGGAAGGGGGUCGGGGCCCUGUCUUGAUCCACUGCGAUUCAGUCCCUGCCAUCCGCUCUCUGCUACAGGACCCCCCGCGCGACAACGUGUCCCUCCUCACCUCCAUCCUUGCGAGGCUGGCAGAGUUGAGAGGAGCGGGGCGCCCAGUAAAAGUUAACUGGUUGCUCAGCCACUCGGGCGUGGCGGGCAACGAGGCGGCGGACGGCGCUGCUGCUGAGGCAACGCUCCUGUCUGCUGUCACGCGGCCUGUUGUGGUGAGCCUUGCCCAAGUGAAGAGGGACAUGGCCGCACGAUCUGCUACUGGGGUCGUCAGGGAGCUGGAGGAGGCCCUGGCUGCGGGCUCGCCGUCCGCGUACUGGUACUCGGCGGCCACUAACACCGGCGCCCGCCAGCUACCGCCAAAUCUGCCGAGACGGGAGGCAUCCAACAUCCGCCGCCUCCGUCUCGGCUACAAAUUUGAAAUAAGUUAA